AUGGACAAGAGUUGGAUGAGAAUGUCUAGAGGUUCAAAAGAGCAUCUAGAUGGUAUCGAAGCAUUUCUGAAUUUUGCAUUUAGCAACACCAAUACACCAGGCUUCAUUUUGUGCCCAUGUAAGCGUUGUCGCAUGAGCAACUCAUUGACACAGGAAGUUGUCUACGACCAUUUGAUGACGGGCCCAGGAAUCUUGGAGGGUUAUACCGAUUGGGUACUGCAUGGGGAAAAGAUUAACGCUUCUGUUAAUAGGGAGUCCGUAUCACACGACCCUGUAACGGCUCCCACCAAUAGGAUGCCUCCCCUUGACGGGUCUAGUGGGAUGCAUGCCAUGUUGCAUGACAUUUUCAACAUGCACGACGUACGAGCCGAAAAAGGUGGGUCCGAAGUUGGUGCACAAGCCGAAGCCGUACAAGAGGAUUCAGAUGACUUUGACGAGAAGACGAGGAAGUUCUUCGAUUUACUUAAGGAUGCCAAUACCCCACUCCACGAGAAUACAAAGCAUAGCAAAUUGGGGGCUAUUGUGCGUCUAUAUAAUUUGAAGUGUAUGGGUAGAUUCAGUAACACGAUAUUCUCACUCCUCCUUGAAUUUAUUAAUGAGUUGCUACCAACAAAUGCUGUUUUGCCUAAGGACACGUACGAGGCGAAAAAGUAUAUGAGGGACUUGGGACUUGGAUAUGAAAAGAUUCUUGCUUGUCCCAAUGAUUGUAUGUUGUUUUGGAGGGACACCGAGAAGUUAGAACGAUGUACGUCAUGCAAGGCGUCGAAGUGGAAGGAGGACAUUAGUGAGGAAGAAGAGUCAUCACGAACAUCUAAACGAAAGCCGGCAAAGGUGUUGUGGUGGUUUCCAUUGAUACCAAGGUUGCAACGGUUGUUUACAUCACAUCACACAGCUAAACACAUGAAGUGGCAUGCUCAUGGGCGUACAAAAGAUGGGGUACUAAGGCAUCCGGCAGAUGGUGAAGCCUGGAAGACAUUCGAUUCAUUCUACCCAAACUUUGCCUCAGAUCCACGUAGUGUGAGGCUUGGCUUAUCCUCUGAUGGAUUUUUAAUCCUUUUGGGAAUAUGA